AUGAUCGCGUUUUGGCUCAUUCUCACCGGUUUCGCCAUUUUUUUCGCGUCCUAUUUCGAUUUUUUGCGAAAAUUGGCGGUAUUCUACAAAUAUGGCGAACGGAUUCCCGGUCCGAAAGCGCAUCCAAUUCUCGGCAAUGUUCGACUAUUUCAAGGCAAAUCGCCGGCUGAGCUUUACGACACAUUCCUCAAUCUUUGCCAAGAAGCGAUGGCGAGAGGUGACAAUUUGAUAAGGUUUCAAAUUUGCGGCAAACUUAGCGUCUGGCCUCUCAAUGGAAAAUGUUUGGCACCGAUUUUGGACUCGACCACGGAAUUGGACAAAGGUGAAGAGUACGGAUUUUUGAAGCCAUGGCUAGGCGAAGGCGUCAUUCUAUUGGGUUAUGGGGAGAAGCUGAAAGCUCGUCGGAAGUUGCUCAAUCCGAGCUUCCACUUCUCAAAACUUCACGAGUUCCUCAACGUGUUCAACGAUGAAGCGGAACGUCUCGUUCGGAAGCUCGAGAAAGCCGCCGACGCCGACGCCACCGUCGACAUGUUUCCGGUGUUCCAGCAGACGACGCUGAACAUCAUCGGCGAGGCGGUGAUGGGAAUUCGGAUGGAGGCGAAUCACGAAUACGCGAACGCCAUCGACGGCUAUCUCAAGAUGACGAUGGAGUACAUGCACACGCCGCACAUGUGGAGUCCGAUUCUCUUCUGGCUUCUCGGCUACAAGAAGAAGCGCGACGCGCUUCUGACGACGAUGCAGACGUUCACCGAGCGCGUGAUCGCCGAGCGGAUGCGCGAACUCGACGCGAUCGGCGGCCUCGACGAGUGUCCCACCAAUUUUCUCGACAUGCUUCUUCGCAUGCGAGAAUCCAACGCAUUGACGCCACGCGAGAUGGCCGUCGAGGUCGACGUCUUCUUUUUCGCCGGCCACGACACCACGUCGAUCAGCCUCUCGUGGUCGUGCUGGCUUCUCGCCCACCAUCGCGACGUUCAGCAGCGCGUCUAUGAGGAGCUCGAGCGUGUAUGUCGCGAUGGAUGCUUGCGAAGCGAGACGAUCGCCAGACUCGCCUAUCUCGAUCGCGUCCUCAAAGAGUCGAAGCGAAUGUUUCCGCCAGUGCCGUCGGUUCAGCGCAAGCUUCGCUCGAAUCUGAUUAUUGACGGCUAUGUGAUUCCGGCGGAAGCCAGCGUCAAUAUAUCGCCAAUGGCAGUGCACCGUAACCCGUCCAUCUACAGUAAUCCCGACAAAUUCGAUCCCGAUCGUUUUCUGCCCGACGCCAUCGCCCGACGCCAUCCAUACGACUACAUUCCGUUCUCGGCGGGUCUCCGCAAUUGUAUCGGUCAAAAAUUUGCGCAAAUCGAGGAGAAGGUGCUCAUCGCUCACAUUGUGCGCAAUUUCGAAAUUGUGCCGAUGCUCGGAUUCGAGGCGACGAAACCCGGUUUCGAGAUUGUCGCGAAACCGUCGAACGGAAUACCCGUCAGAUUUGUGCGGCGAGAAUAG